AUGAUUAAUUUAUUCAUAAAUCCAAGUAAAUCUGUGGCAAUACCCGAACAAAAUUAUGACGACCUGGUUGGCUAUGUGAUCCAAGAAACGAACCUAACACCAGAUAGCUUCUAUUUGGAACAAAAUGGUAAACGUUUACAAAGCAACCCCAGUCACGAUGCACCUGUUUAUUUACGUCUGCGGCUAUUGGGUGGUAAAGGUGGUUUCGGUUCUAUGCUUCGAGCCAUUGGGGCACAAAUUGAAAAGACCACCAACAGGGAGGCCUGCCGUGAUUUAAGUGGUCGUAGGUUGCGUGAUAUAAACGAAGAGAAACGUUUAAAGGCAUGGUUGGAAAAGCAGGGUGAACGUGAGCGUGAAGCAGAGGAAAGGAAAAAACGUAAAAUUGAAAAGUUGUUGGCCGUGCCGAAACAUGAAUUCAAAGAUGAAGAAUAUGAACAAGCACGUUCGAAGUUAACCGAAAAGGUGUGUGAUGCUGUGGAGGAAGGUUUUAAGAAGGCGGCGGACAAAAGUGAUUUAAAACGUAAAUGUGAACCAUCUACAUCGGCAAAGGCGGCUCCAGUUAAGGCAAAAAAGCCAGCCUUAUGGAUUGAUGAUGAUUUGUCAGGUUCCUCGGAUACUGAUUCAGAUGAUAGUGAUGAUGACGAUGCUGGCAAGAAAAAUAACAAAACAAAAGAUAAGACAGCUGAUACGAAAUCUAUAGCACAGGAUGAGUCGAGUUCUUCAAAUGAUUCUGAAUCCCUUUCAAAUAAAGUGUCACCAGACGAAGAAACAAAUUCAUCAGAUGACUCAAAAUCGGCAGUAUCAGCUGUUAGUAAAUAA